UGUACCAAAUUCGAUCAAUUAGGCCUACUUUAUAUAUAAAAGAAUUAUUGAGUUUGUAUAUUUUUAAAAGAAACAAAUACAAUUUCGUUUUGUUUCAAAAGUUACUGGGAAGCAUAUAUGGAAGAAGAAGGACAAGAACGUUGUUUAGGUGUCAGAAAAGGAGCAUGGACUCAAGAGGAAGAUGAUCUUCUAAAGCAUUGCGUAAACAAAUAUGGAGAAGGAAAAUGGAAUAAAGUACCUCAAAGAGCUGGUCUAAAUAGAUGCGGAAGAAGUUGUAGAACAAGGUGGCUAAAUUAUCUGAAACCAGAUGUGAAUAAUGGGGAAUUCAUGGAAGAUGAAGUUGAUCUGCUUAUUAGACUUCAUAAGCUUUUAGGCAACAGAUGGUCAAUAAUUGCUGGUAGACUUCCGGGAAGAACAGCAAAUUGUGUGAAGAACUAUUGGAAUACUCACCUACGGAAAAAGGUUGGUGAUGAUGAAGAACACUUGAAAGAUAAUGAUACCCCAAAAAUGAUACAAAUGAAGUCCAACAUAUACAAACCUCGACCUUGGAAAUUUUCAAAACAUUUUCAUUGGGGAAGCAACAUUAAUAACCCUACGAAUAUUCAACCACGAAAGACAUCUCUAAUUUUGGAAGAGACUCAAUGGUAUGGAGAAGAGCUUCCCCCAAAUUUUUGCAUUGAAGAUCUUGAACAUUUUGAUGAAGCCCACCAGGAUCAAACUGAUUAUUGGGAAGACUCGAAGGGUUUGGACCCUAGGGGCCUUUUCAAUGCAGAGAAUGAACCAUAAUUAAUCAACUUGGGUGGCUGUUUCUUACCAGAAGAAAGGUAGGGGGGUUGUUCUUAUCCGACGCCGGAUAAGCAAUAUAUAAAUAAACGUUUGUAUUGGUGUUGCAUUUUGAAAAAUACUAUUAUCACCACAAUGACCAUCUUUAGUAAAUCCUAUUUGCCAUCCGCAGUUUAAAUGAAAAAUUGCUUUCCCAUAUUAAAUUUUUAAAAUUA